AUGAAUAAAAAAAGAUACUAUGAAAUCCUGGGGGUGUCGGAAGAUGCCUCCGAGUCAGAAAUAAAAAAGGCCUACCGAAACCUAGCCAAACAAUAUCACCCCGAUAAAAAUCUCGGUAAUAAAGAAGGCGAAGAAAAAAUGAAGGAAAUCAAUGAGGCCUAUGAGGUUCUGAGCGACCCCCAAAAACGCCAAAAUUAUGACCUUUAUGGUAGUGACAGAAGUUCUGCCCAAGGUUUUGACACCAGCGGAUUUAGUGGUAGAACUGCGGGAAGUGAUGUUUUAAUUAAUAUUUCUUUGACCUUUAAAGAGUCAGUUUUCGGAACCAAAAAAAAAAUUUCUUUGAAUCUUAAAAAAGCCUGCCAAGUUUGUCGCCAAACUGGGGCUUAUUCUCCAAACGAUAUUCAAGAAUGCUCAGCUUGUCAAGGAAGGGGAAUAGUCAAUUCGGUUCAAAGAACUCUUUUGGGGACAAUUCGCACACAAUUGAAAACAAUACCUUUUGUUAUUCCUUCUGGAAUUAGGCAAGGGGAAAAAUUACGCUACCGAGGGAUAGGUAAUGAUGGUUGGCACGGAGGAGAAAAAGGAGACAUCUAUGUAGUUAUAAAAGUCGAAGAAAAUCCUUAUUUUCAGCGUAAAGGUGAUGAUAUUCAUGUCAACUUACCAAUUUCUUUUUUAGAUGCUAUUUUAGGCGGAAAAGUCAAAGUUAUUACCUUAGAAGAAGAUGAAAAAAUUAAAGAAAUCGAAAUUCCCCCUGGGAGUCAAAAUGGAGAUUUGUUAGUUUUAAAAGGUUAUGGUUGUUUUUUAGGAAUUAACAAAACGGCACGCGGAAAUUUAUAUAUCCGAUUACAAGUAGAAUUGCCUAAAAUAAAAGCUAUUUCCGAAGCAACUAGAAAGAUUAUUAUUGAAAGGGUAAAAGUUGAAUUAAGUAGAUUAAAUAGCGUUCGUUUUUCCAAAGAUGAAUUUGUUCUCGAUGAGGAAAAAGAAAAUCUGAUAAAGGAAUGGGAAAAAUUAAGAGAUGCUCUAUUGAACGAAAUAGAAACUAUUCAGAGACAAAUUGACGAAACGAAGUCGACCACUCUUAUUCCUUUUCAACAAAAAAGCCUCAAAUUAGGAUACUGUCAUCUUUGUAAUGUUAAUAUCGGGGAAAAUUUUUCUUAUAAAUUGAAAGAGGAAGAACAAAGAAUUUUGGGGAUUGAGAUUGUCAAAGGAGCCGAGUUUUGUUCUCGAAAAUGUUUUUUGGAUUACUGUAAAGACUAUGAAAAACAUGAAAAAUUUCGUCAAGAAAAAAAAAAGGAAAAUCGAGGAAAAAUUGAAUACGGACAACUUUUGAUUAGCAAAGUUCAAGAUGAAAUAACUAGUUUGAUAGAAAAAAUUGACAAACUAGAAAAAAAAGAAUUAGAACUGGAAAUGAUUCCUCCCGAAAGAAUUAGAGAAGAAAAGGAAAAAGUUGGUUUUUUUCGUCGACUUUUCCAAAAAAUAGGAUUGGCCGAAAAAACUGACUCUGCUUCUUUGCUAGAAAAAGUUAAAAAACAGAAGGGAGAAUUAGAAAAUAGAUUAGAGGCUUCCCGAAACAGAUUAAAAAAGGAUAACCCAGAAAGAGAAUUAACCUUAGAGGAAUUAAGGGAAAAACUCCAACGGAAAAAGUUAGAGGAAGAAUUGGCUAAAAAAGCACGCAAACAAACUCGGGACUUUGAUGAAAGCAUGCUUGGGGUUUGCCAUACUUGCCAUGUGCCUAUCUAUUAUGGAGAACCUAUUCAUAAACUACAAACCCUAGAUAGUGAGAGUUCUUAUUCAGGAGGAGCAGGCGGAGUUUAUGGAGGAGGCUAUGCGGGUGGAGGAUAUCAUGCCCAGGAAUUAGAGGGAUUAAAGAAGUAUCAUAUAAGAAUGGGAUAUUGGAUUAUAGCAGGGACAACUCUUGCUACCAUCCCUUUAUUUACUUAUGCCUACUUAAAGGCUGGAUUUGGGAGUAUGCUGAAUGCGAUUUUUGUCUUUGGGUUUGUUUCACUACUUCUUGGAGGGUUUUUAGGAAUGAUUAUACAAAGGCUGUUUACCAAGCAACCCAAACUCCCAGAUAGAUAUAGACAAAGAAAGAACCCUUACCGGGAUACUCUGAUUUGGAAAUUAGAUAAUGAGGGUAAACCAGUUAAAGAGGGUUCAGCCAAGAUUAAUAAGUAUGGAAUGAUAUUAGACCCCGAGAAGGAUACAAAAAAAUAA